GGGGGAGCUUUGGGUUCUCGAGUCAGGAUCUGCAAUCAAGAAAUCCCAAACCAGGCUGUUUGUCGGGACCUGACUUCCGGCGCUGACAUGAUGUCCCAGCAUGCAGCUUUGACCAGCCUGUUCGGCGAUGACCCUUUCUUCAGCCAGGAGCAGCUGCUGUGGCCGCUGCGUCACGAGACUCUUUCCUCUCUGCAGCAAGACUUCUUCAGCCGGAGAGUAAAGCUGGCUGAGAGCCUCCUGAGGGAGCUCCAUGAUGGGCCCCAGCUGCUCAAACUCAGACCGUUGCCCCUCAUCUCCUCAACACUGGCCAGGCUGACUGACGAUAAGGAGCAGCAGAGAGAGAUUUGCAGCACAGAGCUGCACAAGGACGCCCAGCAGGUCCCCAAAGCCAACAACGACCUCCUGGUGACCCUCGAUGCCCGCGGUUACGCCCCAGGCGACAUCACUGUGAAGCUGGAGGGGCGGAGCCUGGCGGUGGUGGCCAUGAAGCAGGCCGGAGCAGAGGAGAGCCAGUCCUGCUCCUCGGCCUCCUCCAGCGCCUCCUUCUGCUCCUCGGCGUCCUCUCAGAUGGGCUUCGCUCGGAAGAUCGACCUGCCCGCUCACCUGGACCUGUCCGGCCUCUCCUGCUCCCUCAUGGAUGACGGACAGCUGCGCAUUCACGCCCCCGUGGCCCAGCAGCCAAUCAGCGAGGACCGCCAGGUGCCCAUUCGCUUCAGGACGUCGCUGGAAUUUCCCAUCAGAAAGGAUGGAGCAGAGUCAGAACACACAGACUGAUGCACACGUGAUCCACACUUUGAAUGAUUAUAUAUGUUUAAUGCACACACACACACACUAAGAGACUCUGUGACGAGUAAAGUUUACAGUUAUUGAAUGAAGAGAGUUUAUAUUUUAUAAUUAUUUGCAAUUUGUACAAACUGUUACAAUGAAAUAAAGAAUGAAUGGAA